AUGUCAACGUAUCUAAUGGCCAUUGCCAUCGGCGAGUUCGAUUAUGUUGAAGGUCGUACAGCUGCAGGAGUGAGAAUUCGAUCAUGGGCAACUCCAGGAGAAAUUAAUGCGGCUCCGUACUCAGUUAAUAUAGGUGUCAAAUGCUUGGAUUUUCUCGAAAACUACACUGGUAUCAAAUAUCCACUACCAAAGUUAGAUAUGAUUGCGUUUAACGCGUUCGGUGCGAUGGAAAAUUGGGGACUACUGACUUUUCGACCACAUUCUCUCCUGUACAGCGAAUUGUUCAGUCCUCUUAUAAACAAGUACAAGGUAGCGACAACAGUAGCACACGAAAUUUCCCAUCAGAAAGAUUACAUCGCCACUGAAGUAAUGGAAAGCGCACUCGUACGGGACAGGUCUGAAUGGCGUUCACUGAACCCAGAGGUCAAAGACCCGGGUGAUUUCGGCAGAACGUUUACCACUUUAUAUUACGACAAGGGGGCAUCAUUCAUCGCCAUGGUUGCUGCAUUGAUAGGGGAGGAGAAUUUCAAUGAAGGAUUAAAGCAUUAUCUCACUAAAUUUUCCUAUGGCAACACUCGUUCGACUGAUUUAUGGGAGUCCCUGGAAAACACUAAGUUUACGGCUAGAGGACCUGAUGGAAACCCUUUGAAUCUCAAAGCAUUUGCCUCCCCGUGGACAACUCAGGUUAGGCUAGACAUUCUUAUUGGAUCUGUAAUUUUCGGUAAUUGA